AUGACACUGACAAGUCAGAAUUUGAAGAAGGCUCUGAAAAAAUGUUGGCUGAGAGAAUUGGAUGAAGAUUCAGAUGAAGAGGAAGAAGAAGAAACCCAUGAAAAGGUUUUUGAUGAUGAGUCUGAUGAAAACGAGGACGGAGAAGAUGCAGAUGAAAAGGAAGACGGCACAGAUGAGAAGCUCUUUGAUGAUUCAGAUGUAAAGAAAGAUGCCGAUGCCGAUGACAAGCUAUUUGAAGGUAAUUCCAAUGAGAAAUUGUUUGAUGAGGAAGACAGUUCCAAUGAGAAGUUGCUUGAAGAUUCUGAUGAAGGAAUUUUGUGGAAUGUGAAGGAAGAUGGGUUUCAGUCCACAGACAGCAACUUUGUCCUCAGUAGUAGUGAUGGUGAUGAUGAUGAUGAUGAUGAUGAUGAAAUUGAAUCUUUUGCACUCGCUUUUUAG